AAAAUCUAAGAAAUAAUCCUUAUCUUACACACAUGUGACUAAAGGUAUACGUGUGACUAGACUGCUCACAUGCAAGAAAUUUGUUGUUUCUCUCACAUUUAUGACAUACAAUAUUAACAUCCACGAUGGCAGAUGCAUCAGUAAUAGAAGAAUUGAUUCAAUUCCUAUCGGUGACAACCAGACCGGACAUCAGGAACACCGCACUAGUACAUGUGGAAGGGACGACUGCCACUAGAGUCGGGCGGCUUGCCAUCGGGAAACAGCUCUUGCCUGUAGCCGAAACUCUGGGGGAGCUCGUCCGUUCGGAAGGGAUAGACGAGUCACACAAAAAGCAGGCUUAUCACAUUGUCGUCAAUUUAUCAUCUGAGGACAGCUAUGCGGAGAAACUUGCCCUUGAAUUGUCGUACAUUUCUUAUUUGCUGCAGACAAUUGUUGACCCUUCGAGUCCAUUUGCCAGGCAGGCAUGCAUGAUUCUGAAUAACUUAACUCGAAACAAGGCUGGAGCAGCAAGAGUUUUGACAAUCCUUGAGCAUGAGGAGAACCAUGUUGGAAUGAACAAACUGGUUGAAUCAUUUUGUAUAGAAGGUUACAACAAGAAGAGUUCUAGUCUGGACUUUGUUGGACCCUUAUUAUCUAACUUGACGCAGUUGAAUGAAGCGAGGGAGUUUAUCUUGGACAGAGAGCGCUGUGUAGUUCAGAGACUGAUUCCAUUCACUCAGUAUAGAUUAUCAAUGGUCAGAAGGAGAGGAGUGGUCACAGUAUUGAGGAAUUGCUGCUUUGAUACUGCAUGUCAUGAAUGGUUGCUAGGAGACCAUGUGGAUAUCUUGCCUCAUCUGUUGCUUCCAUUGGCUGGUCCUGAGGAGCUGAGUGAGGAGGACAUGGAAGGGUUACCAGAUGACCUUCAAUAUCUUGAGGAGAGUAAGAAGAGAGAGGAUGAUCCUGAUAUACGUGUCAUGCUCCUGGAAGCUAUCUAUCAACUUUGUUCCACCAAGGAAGGUCGGCGUAUAGUAAAGGAGAAAAGAACGUAUGUUAUCCUGAGGGAGUACUAUAAUUGGGAGAGGGAUGCUACAGUGAAGAGUCUAUGUGGUAAGGUCAUUGAGGUUCUCAUCAUGGAGGAACCACAGCCAGGAAUGGAGAACAUGAGGGAGGUAGAGAUACCAGAGGAGGUCAAAGCUCAGCUAGAUAAGAUGAAAGAGAUGGAGAGGCAGGAGAUAGAGGAACAGGAGGGGCAGGAGAAGGACUAGAAUGGAGAACCUGAGGGAGGUCGAGAUACCAGAGGAGGUCAAAGCUCAGCUAGAUCGGAUAAAAGAGAUAGAGGGUCAAGAGGGUCUGGAGGGGCCGGAGAAGGACUAGAGGAGGUCAAAGCAGAGCUAGAUCAGAUAAAAGAGAUGGAGGGUCGGGAGGGGCAGGAGAAGGACUAGAAUGGAAUAUGAUGAAAUCAAGACACACUAGUCAUUAGGUGGUGGUGGUGGUGGUUAUUUUUUGCCUGACUGCUAAGAAAGCAGAAAUGCUUGUUAGUAAGCAACCAGACGGCCGAUGGCUUUAGGUCCUCUCCG